AUGGGGGACGAUCCGGCACGGUUAUAUCGCUUGGACGGAGUCGCCCAUAUAGCUAGGGUCAUCAACGAGAAGCCUCAGCGAUGCAUCAGGAGCAUGCGGCAACAGCAGGGCAUGCUCCUCGAUGACAGAUACGUUCCGUACCUGCAGAUGGCAGGUCUUUACCAUCUUGCAAGGCUGAACGAUAGAUGGUUCCGGUUGGACGAGGCCCUUGACGUGGCAUACCAGCUGGGUUUGCCAGUGGACGGGUGUUACAUCAGCGGCUGCCUAUCAGAGUUCCAGAUAUACAUCCAGGGUGGCCGUCCAGCCUGGGUUUGGUUCGAGGAGUUGCUUGGAGUGGUACCUCCUCCUAGCCAGGUUCAGAAGUAUGCGGUCAACUGCAGCUGGUUUCAGGAGACUUUUGGUGAGUGCCCGGAGGGAGCUGAUGAGGAUACUGUGCAUCGAUAUGCCCCUAGGCUGGAGGAGAUGGGGACCUACAGCUGGGGUUCUACAGCACUGGCAUGGUUGUACCGGUGCAUGUGCCGAGUGGCGAACAGAAAUGUUAUCAAGCUAGCGGGCCCACUUCAGCUACUUCAGUCAUGGAUUUUCUGGUGA